AUGGCAUUGCAUCCUGACAGACUGUCCUCCGUGGCAGCCACGCUGGGCUUCCUGUUGAUUCUGGCCUCUACGGUGCCUGCGGCUUGCAAAGUCAUCUGCCGGCUGGCAAGAAAACAGCAGCCUAUCCAGUUAUCAACAGAGUCAGGUACGGCACCCUUCGCGCCACAAGACAGUCUUCAAGCAUAUGAGGACGAAGAUGGCGUCGCGACGAAAGCCUCGCUACAGGCAUUCUCGGACGGAUGGCAGAAAGCUGCUAUCAUGAUCCUGUCUGUCGUGGGCUUCCACCUGGCGUUGGCGUUAGCGGUUGUUGCACCAGCACCAUGGUCAGGGCCGGAUAUUCGCAGCGCUCCCUUUUGGCUGCAGGCUGGUGCCUGGGCGCUUCUUUGUCUGCAUUCUAUCACAUUUUAUACAGAACCUUCCUGCGUGCAGAGGUAUAGACUCGCCAAAUAUGCCUUCGUCACUAGUCUUCUCGCUGCUGCUAUAGCAUGCAUGCAGAUCAGUACAUCCUCGUCAGGGGGGUACUCUCCCACAAAGGAAAUCAAAAACCUCCUGGUCAGCAUAAUCGUUAUCACCAUUUUUCGCGCCAUGUCCAGCGCCAUGAUCCCACGCCGUCCAAGCGUCUAUCAUAACGAUCAAAUAGUCGACCAGCAGCAGAGCGUUAGCAUGCUCGGCCGAUAUACUUACGGGUGGGUCAGCGACUUGCUCCACUACAUCCGAAGAAACAGAGGGUUGGAGAUCGACUGUUUGCCCAAACUCCCAUUUGCAGCCCGCGCCCACGCUCUUCACGCGCAGCUGGAGUCAGUGCGUCAUUCCCGCACGCUGUGGAUGGCUUUGAUGGUGCGACAUUUUCGGACACUUAUCCUGCAGGGGACACUCAGUCUGAUUAGUUCGGUGCUGAGCUUCGGGCCUCAGAUCGCGCUGUACGGGGUUCUGAGGACAUUGGAAGGCCGGCAGCCUGACGAAAGUGUUGCUAUCAACACUUGGUUCUGGGUGGCAGGAUUGGGAGCCGCCUUGAUCUUGUCCCUAGGGAUCGAGUCGUGGCUGUGGUGGAUCAUCUAUUCUCGACUCUGGUUGCAUAUAUAUGAAGGGCUCUCUACACUAGUAUUUGCCAAGUUGAUGCGCUGCAAAGAUGUAAAAGAGCAAAGACCGUCGAAGCAGAGCUCCGAGGACCCGGACGGGGAGGACGAUGGAGAGCAGGAGGAGAGUCGCCAGAGCGUCAUCAAUCUGGCGACAGUGGACUCGAAACGGAUUGCGGACUUCGUCAUGUUCAACUAUCUCAUUCCGAGUUGUGCGACCCGCUUGGUAAUUGCGGCUGGCUUUCUAGUCCAUUUGAUCGGAUGGCCCAGUUUGCUGUGUGGACUCUCAGUGUUCGUCCUCGUUAUGCCGGUCAAUGUGCUUUUGACCAAAAGAUACUCCAAAUCCCAGAAAGAAUUUAUGAAUGCUACCGACAAGCGCGCUGUGGCCGUAACAGAGGUUCUCCAUGGGAUCCGCCAGGUCAAAUUCGCCGCUAUGGAGCAGCAAUGGGAGGAUCGGAUCAGGGAGAGACGCCAGGCGGAGCUAAAGCUUUUGCGGAAGACGUUGCUGUACAACACGGGAUUGGUGUCCGUAUGGAUCCUAGGCCCGAUAAUGAUGUCCGCAGUCUCCCUAACCGUCUAUUGCCUGACGAAUCGGGAACUCUCACCGUCGGUAGCCUUCACAACCCUAUCCGUUUUUGGGUCCAUCGAGUCAGCGCUUGCUAGCCUGCCGGAUCUCUUUUCCCGGGGCAUGGAGGCAAAAGUCAGCGCAGACCGCAUCGAUACAUAUAUGGCGUCCGCUGAGAAACCCCCACAUACGACGGAUGUGGAGGCGAUCUCGUUCCACUGUGCCUCUAUUGCUUGGCCCGCAGAAACAGAGCCGGAACAGCACUGCGAACCCAGUGACCGUUUCAUCCUCCACCAUUUGAAUCUACGGUUUCCACCCAAAGGCCUCAGCGUGAUCGCCGGUAAGACCGGCACGGGCAAGAGCCUUCUCCUCGCGUCCAUUCUCGGCGAAUGCGACGUACUGGCCGGGUUAGUGGCAGUUCCUCACGCACCGACGCUAGAAGAACGGUUUGAUCACCGGGCCACGCAGGACAACUGGAUCAUCGACUCAGCCGUGGCAUAUGUAGCGCAGAACCCUUGGACAGAGUCUGCCUCGAUCCGCGACAACAUCUUGUUUGGACUUCCUUAUAGUGACCCCCGGUACCGCGAGGCUAUGUUUGCGUCUGGCCUCGACAAGGACCUUACGCUGUUGCCAGACGGCGACAUGACCGACAUUGGCGCCAAUGGCAUCAAUCUGAGCGGUGGUCAGCGGUGGCGGAUCUCGUUUGCUCGUGCGCUGUACUCCCGCGCACGGAUCUUAAUCCUGGAUGACAUAUUCAGCGCUGUGGACGCGGAGACAGGCCGUCAUGUGUACGAGCAUGGCCUCACCGGACUGCUCGGGAGAGACCGUACUCGGAUCCUCGUAACACACCACAUCUCGCUGUGUCUGCCUCGAGCAGACUAUUUCGUGGUCCUCGACAAUGGGUCGGUGUCUCAUGCGGGCCCUGUGGAAGAGUUGGCGGAUCCGUCUCUGGCGCAGCUUCUGCAUGGACUGGAGACGGAAACCCUCGUCUCUCCGGUAGAAGCUAUCAAGAUCGACCAUGAAUGGCCUGGUGGGAAGCCCUCGUCUGUGGGCCCAGCUCCAACUAUGGCUCCCACCCACACACCCAGAAAGUUCACGCAGGACGAGAAGCGCGAAACAGGGUCGGUGUCAGCCAAGGUGUACGCCGCCUACCUCUGUAAAGGGGGUGGGCUUGCCCUGUGGCCGUUAGUCCUGCUUGGAGGGAUUUUGUUCAACACUUUGUCUGUUAGCCGGUCUUGGUGGGUGGGUGUCUGGACAAGCUCGACAGGGCGGUCCCAUAUAGCUCAAAUAUCGACAAACAGCGAAGUGCUCUUCUAUCUCUCCAUCUACGUAGGCUUUUCUGUCGCAGCCUGUGUCGUGGGCACGUUGCGCUAUCUUGUCCUCGUCCACGCAAAUCUUCAAUCUUCCCGUCGGAUGUUCGAAGGACUGCUUGCAACCGUCCUCCGGGCGCCUCCUCGGUGGCUAGACACCGUCCCAGUCGGCCGCAUAUUAAACCGGUUCACUUCAGACAUUCACCUGCUCGAUUGGAGGCUGGGUUAUGAUCUGGGGCUCUUCCUGUCCAAGGCGUUAGAACUCAUGGGCAUUCUCGUGGCUAGCGUGCUAGUCUCGCCUACUAUCUUGGUCCUCGCCGCAAUCCUACUAGUCCCAUGCUUUUCAAUCUCGCGAUUCUACCUGACAGCCGCCCGGGAGAUCAAACGGCUCGAGAGCACUUCCAAAAGCCCCGUCAUGGAACUAUUCGGCACCAGCCUGACCGGCCUGAUGACCAUCCGCGCGUACGCCAAAACGCAAGUGUACAUGCGUGAGAUGUACACGCGGAUCGACCGUCACGCGCAGACGGCAUGGCACCUGUGGCUUCUCAAUCGCUGGCUGGCUCUGCGGAUGAGUGUCAUAGGGGCAGUCUUCUCGACGACGACAGCCGCCCUUGUCGUCUACACCCCCACCAUCUCCGCCGCCAUGGCGGGGUUCGCCAUCAGCUUUGCUAUGCAAUACAAUUAUGCGAUUUCCAUGGGUCUGCGGUUCUACGCCGACCUGGAGAUGGAUAUGAACGCGACGGAGCGCGUUCUGGAGUACUCCUCCAUGGAGACCGAAGACCAAGAAGGUCAUGACCCGCCCGCCGCCUGGCCAAUACGCGGUCACAUCGAGGUAAAUAACCUGGUGGCCGGAUACACAGCGGACCUGCCGGCUGUGCUGAACGGGCUAAGCUUCACUGUGGAACCCAACCAGCGAGUCGGCGUGGUGGGCCGCACAGGAUCAGGCAAGUCGUCCUUGACGCUGGCGCUCUUCCGCUUCCUGGAGGCGCGCCACGGCCGUAUCCGAAUCGAUGGGCUGGACGUGUCCCGGAUGAAGCUGCAAGCGCUCCGCAGCCGGCUAGCCAUCAUCCCCCAAGAUCCCGUGCUAUUCUCGGGGACGGUGCGCUCAAAUUUAGAUCCGUUUGACGAGCACUCGGACGAGGAGUUGUGGAACGCCCUGGAAAGGGUACACAUGGUGUCCUUCGAAGACAACCGGACGCUCGGGUCUCAGCACAGCACAGAAUCCUCAACUAGCAGCCCUACUCUGGCUUCUUCCUGGUCGUCUGCCUCAUCCAUCAACUCUUCCGCCAAGUCAUCCUCCAGCGGGGUCGCCUCUCUGAACACCGCAGUCUCCGAGGGAGGCUCCAACCUCUCACAAGGGGAGCGACAGCUCCUAUGUCUUGCGCGAGCCAUCGUGUCCCAGCCCAAGAUCAUGAUUCUAGAUGAAGCCACAUCAGCCGUCGACAUGGAGACCGAUUCCCUCAUCCAGCGGUCUAUCCGAACGGAGUUUGGAUGCAGGGCGUCGUCGCUACUCGUCAUCGCCCACCGACUCAGCACCGUCGCUGAUUUCGAUCGUAUCUUGGUCAUGGAUGCGGGGAGGGCCGUAGAGUUCGGUCCACCGCGGGAGCUGCUCGCUAUUGAGGGCGGGGUGUUUCGAAAUCUGGUAGAGUAUAGUGGUGAGAGGGCGCUCGUGGAGGCGAUCAUUCUGCGUGGACAGUGA